AUGGGUUCUCUCUUCUCCCUCGCUUUGAUAAUUCUUCUUUCACUGGCUUCAGUGAGAAUUGAAGCUCAAGAGAUCAAAUCAGCUCGUCUUCUUGAUCUUCUCAUUAGAGACUACACACUUAAGUCUAAUGGCAUACGCUUCAAGACAGGUAUGGUGCACACUGUAGAUUUACCAGCAAACUUAUCCGGCAUCAAAGUCGAUACAGUGAGGUUUCGAUGCGGCAGUCUACGAAGAUAUGGCGCACAAGUUAAGGAAUUCCAUCUGGGUAUUGGUGUAACACUGCAGCCAUGUGCUGAGAGACUCGUGGUAAUUAGACAAUACUUGGAUCCUAAAUGGUCCUCUAUAUAUUAUGCUAGCUAUGAUUUAUCAGGAUAUCAUCUUGUGUCACCUAUUUUAGGCCUUUUAGCUUACAAUUUUGGUAGUGAUGUAAAUGUUAGCAGCUCUUUUGAGAUUGGAAUUCAUGCUGGAGAAAAACCAAUUACCAUAGAUUUCAGGAAUGCAUCAAGUACUGCCAACGUAUCGGCAAUUAGGCCAUUGUGUGCUAGUUUUGAAAAUGAUGGUAAGAUGAUAUUAAAAAAACCAGCAUCACCUUUUGUUUGUGUAGCAACAAGGCAUGGACAUUAUGGUUUGGUGCUCAAGUCUCCACCAGCACCAGCACCACCACCAGCAAUGCAGAUGAUGAAAAAGAAGAUCAGCCUGUGGAAAGUGGUGGUUGGGAGCUCAGUUGGGACUGUAAUUGCUGUCUUUUUAUUGGGGUUGCUUUUGGUGGCAAUGCUUGUUAAGGUAAAGAAGAAAGCAAGAAUGGAAGAGAUGGAAAGAAGGGCUUAUGAAGAGGAAGCUCUUCAAGUAUCAAUGGUUGGUCAUGUCAGGGCUCCUACGGCAACUCUUACUCGGACGGUGCCAAUUAUUGAGCAUGAGUAUAUACCUUAUCCUUCUUGA